GACUAGAACCAGCCUCAUCGCCAGUCAGUACAUUCGGAUACUAGCUGAUCAACUGUCGUCAACCGAGCUGAGAGCUGGCCACAUCAGGAUUAUUCACUGCUUGAGAAAUCGUCGAGGACGAAAAAAGUCAGUGACGAUGGCCCCUGCACCUGUUAACGUUUUCGACGGCGACUGAGGAAUGGCAGGAUAUGCCUGUUGUCCGGGAGGACGAGCUCAAGGGCAAAAGCGAUACCACUAUGUAACCUCAGCCAAGGGCACCAAUGCUACACUAUGGAAAGACAUACUUUUCUGCAUAUGCUGACCAGGAAUACACCUAACAAAUCAGAAGCAGAUGUGCAGACUGGAUACUGGUCUGACAUGCUUCUGCCAGACAGCUGCUGGGUCCAUCGCGCACUGGGUGGCUGCCACACUGGUUGGAUUCGGAGAAGCCUACAGCCAGGAGCUAAGAGAACUUCUUAACCCCUCUGAAGACCCAAAUCCCUCCAAUCCAUCACAGGAAGAGCUGGAAGCAGCUCAAGCCCUAAGACAGCAGUCAGAAUCUGCUCCUUCCCAUCUGUCCUACCCUCUGACCUUGCUCUUAACAUCUCUGGCAUUGCCAUCCAGAGGAAAUAUCUUGUGCUCUGUUCAUCCAAGAACAUUAGAUGUGCCAAUGUAUUAUGAGGUCUAGUUGAAUGAUGUUUGUAUCCAUACUAUUACAUUAUGCA